AUGACUCCUUCGUCAGCUUCUGCGUCCGCUAUGUCCGACGAAGCUCAGAAGGACAGCGGCAUGCGCGAUACAGAGAAGAUGCAACCAAGCACAGCUACCAAUCCCUGGGACCCAAGCGCUUUCCCUGAUGGUGGCACCGAGGCAUGGCUCGUGGUACUGGGUGCUUUCUGCGCCAUGUUCGUCUCCUUCGGUUGGAUUGGUGCCAUUGGUGUGUUCCAAGAGCACUACCAGUUGAAUCAACUACGAAGCUACAGUCCCAGUGAGGUUGCCUGGAUCCCUGCUGUCGAGUCCUUCUUCAUGUUCAUUGGGGGCUCGUGGGUUGGCCGGAUGCAGGAUCUCUACGGUCCACGCUGGCUUCUCCCCAUUGGCACCUUCCUCCAUGUCUUCGGUCUCAUGAUGGCCUCGAUCUCGAAGAAGUACUAUCAAUUCCUCCUAUCACAAGCCAUUUGUAGCGGUAUCGGCACGUCAAUGAUCUUCUAUCCCGCCGCUGCCUGCCUUGCUACCUGGUUCAUGAAGAAGAGAGCAGCCGCCUUUGGCCUUGCCGCUUGCGGGUCUGGUCUGGGAGGCAUUCUUUUCCCGAUCAUCGUGGUACGCCUUAUCGAGGAUAUUGGCUUCGCAUGGACUAUGCGCACUUGCGCUUUCCUCAUCUUGUUUCUGAUGAUCAUUGCUUGCCUCACCGUCAAGUCACGCAUACCUCCUCAGAAGACACCAGUGAAAGCCACCGAUUUUGUCAAACCUCUCGCUGAAAUGCCUUUCCUUCUACUUUCCUUGUCGAUGUUCUUUACUUUUGUUGGGCUAUUUGUUCCAUUCAUUUUCAUUCCUAUUGAAGCUUACGCCAACGGCAUGGGAGCCAUGAACAGCGUCUACUUGCUCUCGGUUCUGAACGCUGUCAGUAUACUUGGGCGCACCCUUCCUGCGCCGCUGGCCGAUAAGUAUGGCCGCUUCAACGUGGUCAUCAUCAUGUCCUGGCUGACUGCUAUCUUCACUCUUGCUAUCUGGAUUCCUGCAAACAGUAACGCGGUCCGCUGGGUCUACGCUGCUUUCGUUGGACUAUCUUCUGGUACAAUAGUUAGUAUGGGCCCUGCUCUUGCUGCACAAAUUAGCGAUGUGAGACAGGUUGGGGUUCGUACAGGUACUAUGUACAUGUUUGUCGCCGUCGCAGUGCUUAUUGGUAACCCUAUCGGUGGAGCUCUGGUCACUGAUAAUCACACCAACUACCGCAAUCUCAAGAUCUUCGCGGGCGUGCUUAUGGUUGCUGGAAGCGUCACCCUCAUGGCUGCUAGAGUAUCUAUAUCGGGCCUCAAGCUGGCGGCCAAAGUCUAG